AUGGGAACCUAUUUCGUCAUCAUCAGUCUCAUGAUCACCCUCAUCAUCUCCGUCCUUCUUAACCAUCUUGCCAAGAAAACAACUCGCCAACAUCCUCCAGGGCUCGCAAUUCCAUUCGUUGGCAACCUGUUUUGGCUACAUAAGCCUUUUCCCCAAAUCAUGGCCCUGGCUCCCACCCUGCAUUCAAAAUAUGGUCCAAUUUACACUCUCCGAGCAGGUUCCAAACCAAUCAUCAUUAUUGGCAGCCACUCCCUCACCCAUCAAGCCUUGAUUGUUCAGGGUGCGGUCUUUUCUGACCGCCCUCCAGCACUUGCCAGUGAAAAAUUAUUUAGCUGCGAUCAGCAUAAUAUCACCUCGGCAUUUCAUGGCCCUACAUGGCGCCUCUUCCGCCGUAAUCUUGUUUCUAAUAUUCUCCAUUCUUCGAAAAUAAAAUCCUAUGCGUGUGCUCGUAAAUGGGCACUCCAAAUCUUAAUCGACGGCCUAAAGUCCCAGUCGGAUUUCGUCCAUAAUGGUAUUCAAGUGAUGGAACCAAUCCAACAUGCCAUUUUUUGUUUGUUAGUUUACAUGUGCUUUGGUCAAAAGCUUGAGCGAAAGCAAAUCAAAGACAUUAGGGACCUCCGCCGCCCCUACGUACAGCUUGGUGUGCUGCUAAGUUUCAACAGAUCCAAAAUGAUAAAUAUCUCUAGGUUUGGGAAAAUUUUCUUUCAUAAGAGUUGUAAGGAGCUCCUCACGUUUCGAAAAGACCAGGAAGAAACAGUGGUUCCUUUAAUAAGAGCAAGAAGGGCAUUAAAAGACAAAAAUAUUUGCCAGGAGUCUUUCCUUCGGUACGUUGAUACAUUGUUUGGUUUAAACUUUCCAGAGCAGAAGAGAAAGCCUGAAGAAAUGGAAAUUGUGACAUUGUGCUCUGAGUUCUUUACUGGUGGUACCGAUAAUAAGGCCACAUCUUUGCAAUGGAUCAUGGCAAAUUUAGUGAAGUACCAACAUACCCAAGACAAGUUGUUCAAGGAGAUUAAAGGGGUUAUAGGAGAUGGAGAAGUAGAGAUAAAAGAAGAUGAUCUGCGAAAUAUGCCAUAUCUUAGAGCUGUGAUUUUGGAAGGCUUAAGGCGUUAUCCCCCGACCCUUUUUCUAGUCCCGUAUGCUGUGACAAAAGAUGUCUUGUUGCGUGGUUUUUUGGUGCCGAGGGAUAGUGUUGUAACUCUUACGGUGGGAGAAAUAGGAAGGGAUCCAAAGGAAUGGGAAAAUCCAAUGGAAUUCAAGCCUGAGAGAUUCUUAAAUGGUGAUGAUGGAGAAGCUUUUGAUUUUACUGGAAGAAAAGAGAUCAAGAUGAUGCCAUUUGGUGUAGGGAGGAGGAUGUGCCCAGCAUAUAAUUUGGCAAUUCUUCACCUUGAGUACUUUGUGGCAAACUUGGUCUGGCAUUUCAAGUGGUCUAAUUUGAAAGGACAUGAUGUGGACUUGACUGAAAAACAUGAAUUUACUAGUGUAAUGCAAAAUUCACCGCAGGUGCACAUUACUCCUAGAUUGCAUGAGAACUAA